GUCUUUCCUGUAGUUGCAACCAUCAAAUCACAUCCGUCAUGUGAAAUGCGAUUACCACUGCGAAGAUGUUUUCAUGUCCCCCCAUGGACCCGAGAGAGCUUCACCGAAUUAGAUGCAAGAUUGAAGGGUCUUUGUUAUUCAGGGAGAUUGACGGAAGCAGUUAGCAUCUUGUGUCACACUGGAUCACCGCUGGAUCCUCAAACUUACGCUCUUUUAUUGCAAGAAUCCAUUUUUAGAAAACAAUUCAAUGAAGGUAAAUAUAUCCAUGCUCAAAUGCUCAAAGUUGGAUUUCUCCCUGAUAAGUUUUUGCAGACCAAAUUACUAAUAUUAUAUGCAAAAAAUGGAGAUAUGGAAACUGCCCAUAUAUUGUUCGGUAGAAUUCCUGACCCAACUUUAGUUUCAUGGAAUGCCAUGAUCUCCGGGUAUGUGCAAAAGGGUCUUGAAGAGAUAGGACUGGAUCUAUAUUACAGGUUGAGACAGAGUGGUUUGAAGCCAGACCAAUUCACAUUUGCAUCAGUGUUCCGAGCUUGUGCCACACUAGCUACUCUGGAGCAAGGGAAGCGGGCUCAUGGUGUCAUGAUCAAGACCCAAACUAGAGAAAAUGUUGUGGUUAACAGCUCUCUCAUGGAUAUGUACUUCAAAUGCAGUAGUCGCCAGGAUGGUCAUCGGGUCUUCAACAAGUCCUCCGAGAGGAAUGUUAUUACAUGGACUGCUCUGAUCUCCGGGUAUGGUAUUCAUGGUGGAGUACAAGAAGUUUUGGAGCUCUACCACAGAAUGUUAAAUGAAGGGUUUAAACCAAACUAUGUUACUUUUCUUGCUGUCCUUUCUGCUUGUAGUCAUGGAGGCCUUGUAAAUGAGGGUUGGAGGUACUUCUCAUCGAUGACAAGAGAUUAUGGUAUUAGGCCGAGGGGGAAACACUAUGCAGCUAUGGUAGAUCUCUUGGGGCGAGCAGGGAGGUUAAAGGAGGCUUAUACAUUUGUUCAGAACUCACCUUGCCAUGAAUAUUCAGUCAUUUGGGGUGCUUUGCUGGGUGCAUGUCGAAUUCAUGGAGACAUAGAAUUGGUGAAGCUUGCAGCAAAGAAGUUCUUUGAGCUGGAAACACAAAAUGCUGGAAAGUAUGUUGUCCUGUCCAAUUCCUAUGCUUCUUUCGGGUUGUGGAAAAAUGUUGCAGAGGUUAGGGAGGUGAUGAGGGCAGCCAGGGUGAAAAAGGAGCCUGGAUAUAGUUGGAUAGAGGUCAAAGGUAAAGUCCAUACAUUUCUUGUUGGAGAUAACUCUCAUCAACAAACAGAGCAGAUAUAUAAGACCAUGAAGAAACUCACUAGCAAUUUAAGGGAUGGGGGUUAUGUUCCUGAUUUAUGGAGUUCAUGACAGGGAGUUAAAGAAGAGGCUUG